AUGAACCCCUACACGACCGGUAACGGGCAGAAUGACGGCGGGCAUCAUUCUGAAAUGGAGUCAGAUGAUGAAUGGCCAGAUGACGGCAAGGGGAGUGGUCGCAAGGGCAGCGGGAAGGGCAAAGGCGUGGAAGGGGACGGCGGAGAGGGUAAGGAGAAGAAGGGAAUCAAUCGUGUCAACAGGGCAUGUAACAACUGCCGGAGGAUGAAGAUGCGCUGCGUGGGCGCAGAGGAGCCGCCAUGUAAGCGGUGUCGAAACUCUGGAUUGACCUGCGUCAUGGAGAAGCCAGGUAGGGGCGGAGGUAGUGGGAGCGGGAAUGCAGGGGCGGCGAUGAUGACUGAAGGUGGUGGAGACGAUCGGAUACGAUCCCUCGAACAUCAAGUCUCAUCCAUGCAAAACACCCUCGUCGACCUCGUCAAGACGCUUCAGGCCGGCAUGGCCAGCAGCAGCAGCGGCAGCAGCUCGCAUCCCCCUCAAAUGGGCGCAUACCCUCAGCCAGGGUUUCAGGGUCAAGGGAUGGGCUUCUCGCCCGGCCGCUCUGAGCAGCAAUACCCACAUCCCACAUCUACAGGAUCCGGUCCCACUCCUCCCUUCUACACUAUGCCCGGCAAUCCCUCCUUCCUCGCUCAAAGUCCAUCGACCUCGGCAGGCUCGUUUCAUCAACCACAAAACACCGGGAUGAAUUGGGGCGGCGCAUCCAACGCUCAGUACGCCAACACGCACAAUAUCGACCCUUCUCUCUUAUCUGUCGGCGCGCCGUCCGAUCCUCAGCGUAAUAUGGGACCGCCCGCGCCUCCGCAAUCCAACCAAUGGCAACAGGCGUCAAAGCAAAAUCUGCACAUGUCGCUCCCGCCCUCCCGGGGUGGGUCGGUCACUCCAGAUGACCUGCUCGCGCCGGAGGAGAUCAUCAACCCACUUGGGGCGAUGACCAACAUGGCGGGUCUGGUGGAGGCUGCGGUUGCGCGAGCGAGGAAUGAGCAGGCUACUCCAAGCGCUCAUGCUGGUGCUUCCGCAGAGGGACAGGUCGGUGAGGACGGCGGGUCAGCCAAGAGGAGACGAGACAGUCCGACCGUCCCACAUGGACCCUUUGUCGUCGAAGCGCAAAACCUGCCGCCGCAGAGUACCAAAGAAAAGAUCAAGAAGGCGGGGAAGAAGCGGCAUAUGCACGCUUAUCCGGAUGCGGUGGAAGAAGGGUUUGUGUCUGAGCAGGAGGGGAAGGAUCUCAUGGCUAUCUUCUAUGCAGGUUCUAGCAACUUCAUCCCAUGUUUCGAUCCCAGCCAAGAUACGUGGGAGUCGCUCCGCUCUCGUUCUCCCUUCUCCAUCACCGCGAUCAUCAUGGUUGGUGCGAGGGUCCGGGACGGUGGUGGGGCGAUCAGCGAUGUGCAGAGGUUGUGCAGGGAGCAUGCGCAGCGGAUAGCUGUGGGGACGCUUUUCAAUCCGGUCGCUCGGAUCGAGGCUGUUCAAGCUAUGAUCAUGCUUGCAGCAUUUAGCGAGAACGGAUGGCUCCCUGGAGGACACGCUGUGCGAAUGGCGAUCGAUAUGGGUCUCAACCGAUCUUUCUUGAGUCUGCUGCAGAGUGGAAUGGGAAAAGGCAAGAGUCAGGCGGAGUUGGAGGAGGAGAGGCAUCUUGUCGUACAGUCUAGGAUCUGGUUUUGCCUAUACUUGAUCGAACAUCAGAUGGCAUACGGUAUGGGUCGCCCGGCUAUCUUGCGGGAAGACGAGACGAUCCAUCAGUGCCGAAGACUGCUCGAACAUCCCCUUUCUAUCACCUCGGACGCACGACUGGUAUCCACUGUCGAGCUAAUGGCUUUGCGAGCCCCACUUCACAUCGAGCUAACGGCCGCGCCCGACCUCCCCAUCGCCGAGAACACCAUGCGCCGCCUCAAACAAGCCAACGCCGACUUUGACGCCUGGGAGCGAUACUGGGAUCGGGUCCUAGGCGACCGAUUCGGGAAAGGCCGAGGCGACUUUUUCCGCGAGUCUCUCAUUAUCCAGCGGCAGUACGCCGAGCUGUUUGUCAACUCUCAACUAUUGCGGGGCAUCAAGGAACCGACGGAUGUGGUGAAUAUGCCAGAGGAGAAGAGGGCGUUGGCUAUCCGGGCGAUGAGAAAUGCGCAGAAGUGUAUCGAGAUCUGUCUGAGAGGGGAGAAUCAGUAUCGGAAUGGUCUGAGGUAUGCUGUGCAUUACACGCAUGUCUGCGCUGCUUUUGCCGCAUCGUUCUUGAUCCGGAUCGCCCGGUUGUUCCCGCAUGAGCUCAACCUGAAGAAGACUGCCAAGGAUGUAGACGAGCUCGCCAAUGUCUUGUCGGAGGUCCCCGCCGGUCGAUACGCCCGCUCCCUCCGCCUAAUCCUCCGCCGAGCCCGCAAAGCCAAAGUCAUCCCCGCGGCCUCUCGUGCCCCAUCUCCCGGCAAGAUUCUCUCCUCCCUCCCCGGCCUCGCCGGCUCCGACAUCGCCUUCUCCCCCUCGCAACUCAUCAACGCCAACUACUUUACCUCUCCCGCUGGUGCUGGUGCGGGUGCCGCUGCCGGACCGAGCAAGACGGGCCUGUCCCCUGCGGGUCUGUUGCAGCAUGGCGGGCAGAUGCUGAAUGCGUCCCCGGAGAGCGGGACGGAUGCGUUUGAGUUUGAUCAGUUGUUUGCGGAGGAGACGAUGGAGCGGGCGGGAUUGGGUAAUGGGGAUCAAUUGCCCCUGUUCUUGGAUGGUCAUUCCCUCGGAGGGCAGAAUACGGGAGAGAUGAUGCCUUUCCUAGGGAUGGAGCAGUUCUUCCUCCCUGCUGUGGUGGACAACAGGUUGGCUGGGCCGGGAGUCAUUGAUCAGAAUGGGAGUGCGCUGGCGGGGCUGGACCCGACGCUACUGGGGGAGGAUGUGUGGUGGUAG